AUGAGAAAAAUCGUGCCUCUCGUCACCCGACCUCCACAAGCCGCCUCCGUGGACCGGUGGCUGGAGCUAAUUCGUCUUCCGACGCUUUUCAGCCUUCGGGAAAUUAAGGUAGGGGGGAUUGACGGAGAGCCAGCCUGGCUCCUCCUCUCCCCUCGCCCCUUCAAUGUACUCUCGCUCUUCAACAGAGUGACAGCUUUUCUGCUUGCUGCUUUCUUACUGUUGCUGGCAUGGUCUAUAUAUUAUCAUUUUUCUACAACUGAAGUCUCUCCUGGAAUUUGCCAGCCUCUAAAAGUGCGGUUCCUUCACAUCUCUGUGGUCAUGGUCUUUGGCUUGAAUUAUGUUUUCUGGAAAAUUGGUCUUUGCCGAUGGCUUGCCAUGGUGCGGUUUAUGUUCGAUGGAAUUCCUCCAUUUAAUGAUCCAACCCUGUCCAUUAAAAAUACAUACUUUGAAGGUGUAUUUGUGAGGAUUUACCAACCCAAAGAACCAUCUGUUAAUCAGAGGAGGGGAAUUGUGUAUAUCCAUGGAGGAAGUGGAAUCAUGGGGAGCAUUGAUGCUUACGAGAGGCUGUGCCGUUAUAUUGCCAAGGAAAGCAACUCUGUGCUUGUAUCUGUUGGGUAUCAUGUUGCUCCAGAGAGCCCUUAUCCAUCACAGUUCAAUGAAUGUCAUGAUGCCACCGUUCACUUUAUGAAGAAUGCAGAGAACUACGGCGUGGACCCUGCCCGUAUUAUAAUUUGUGGGGACAGUUUUGGAGGCACUGUGACUGCUUACCUCUGCCAAGAGCUGAAAAGCAGAACUGAUCUGCCUAAAGUCCGUGCUCAGGUGCUUCUCUACCCUUUUCUUCAAGCAUUGGACCCUACUUUACCUUCCUAUCAGCAAAACUGCUUUAACCCCUUUAUAUCCCGGAUAGAGCUUUUGAAAUUUGCUGCACGUUAUUUUGAUACACCCAUAUCAAUUAUCGGCAUGGCUAUUGCAGGAAACUUAAUGCCUGAGAACCUUCUAAAGAAAUAUAGUAAGUGGGUACAUUCAGAGAUUGUCCCUUUUAAAUUCAGAAUCCGAAAUCACAAUCCAGCCCUGCCUCCUUCUUCAAAAGAUAAUCUGUUCAAUGUGAUCAUUGAAACACAAGAAAGAAAACUUUCCCCGCUUUUGGCUGAUGAUUUUUUUUUAGAAGGUCUUCCAGAAACAUUCAUCUUAACUUGUGAAUAUGAUGUGCUGAGGGAUGACGGCUUGUUGUACAAAAAGCGACUGGAAGACAAUGGCGUCUCGGUUUUGUGGCACCACCUUGAGGAUGCAUUUCAUAGUAUUCUGGUACUGCUUGACCACUGGUUUGUCACUUUCCCCUGUGCCAAAACUGGAACAGAUGUUAUAGUUAAUUAUAUGAAAACUCUAUAA